AUGUUGUUGUGUUCUGGAGACGUGGGAGGCAGCGAAGCACGUCCAUGUGACAGACGAACUGAAAUAGAAUCAGCCAACCUUCUUCUAAGUAGAGUUCACAGGUGAAGCCUGAAACAAGUAGCAGGAGCCAUUACACCUCCGUCUGACAAGUUCAGCUCAGACACCUUCAAGUAGGAGCCAGACUUUCACCAGAUUCCUCCAACAUGGGCGAAGAUGCUGCACGAGCUGAUCAAAGCUCCUCCACCUUGCCUGCUCCAACCAUCUCUGAUUCCUCCACUGCUCCAGUGGUGGACGCCCAGGAUAUCUUCAUCCCCAGUUCAGCUCCUACUUCCCCAACUCACACGCUCACCCGCUCCAAAUCUCCAACCAGCUCAACAAGCGCCGGAAACCAGGUGAGCGCCAUCACGGUGGUGGCGCUGCUCGACCAGCUGGUGGUGAUGAUCGAGGCGGUGCAAGAGAACCAGCGGCGCAUGGAGAAGCGCCAGUCUGACCUAGAGGGGACCGUGAAGUCUGUGCAGGCCGACUUGACUCGUCUGAGCAAAGGCCAUAUGGUUACCUCAGGUGGGGUCAACAAGCUGCUUGAGCGCUCACGCAAAACUGGCAUCUAUGUCAAAGAAGUGCGUGAGCGUCUUGAUCGCCAGAGUGGCCAGGUGAAGCGUCUGGAGGCCAACCAUGCACACCUGCUCAAGAGGAAUCACUUCAAGGUGCUCAUUUUCCAGGAGGACAAUGAGAUCCCCACCACCGUCUUAGCUAAGGGAUCCACAGCAGACAUCGCCUUAGCCUCUGUUCAGGAUGAGAGCAUUGCCUCUGCUCGUGCUUCAAUGAUCGAUCCCAAUCACUCCCAUGAGGAAGGAUUGCAAACCAUCAGCCUUUCCUCUGAUGAAGAGGAGGGAGCUGCAAGCCCCCCACUGGAGGGGGGUACACUGCCCAGAGAGUUGGAUGAGGAUGAGUUCCCAGGAGUGGGAAGUGAUCGUCUGGAAUGGUCUCGCACUGACAAGUUUAAGCGAUCCAGUCUGAAGAAGGUGGACAGCCUAAAGAAGGCCUUCUCACGCAGCAGCAUUGAGAAGAAGUUCAACAAGAUCGUGCCCCCGGAACGGCGUGAAAAGAUCAUGAAGAGCUUCUCUCCUGGCCAUCCCAAAAGCCCAACCAGCAAGAGCUCGUCGUUCCGCGUCACUCCCAUGACUUUCAACGUCAAGAAGGUGCGAGAUGGAGAAGGUGAGGCCAUUCAGGAUGGGGGUGAAAACGCCACAGUGGAGGUGCCACCCAUGGGGGGACCAGAUGGUCAGCUACCCCUGGCAGAGGUCCAUAACGAGCAGGAAAAUAUUAAUGGGAAAGAGCACAGUCCAUCCACCACGGGCAGCGCAGAUGGUGUCGCCUCUAUCACAGAAGACGCAGAGCUCGAUAACAGUCCAUCAGACAAGGUGGCAGAAGAAGAGGUUUUACAGGAGCCCAGUGAGGCUAAUAAUGGGGCUGAGGAGAAUGCUCAUGAGAAUGGUGAUCAUCAUGUUGGAGAUGAAGAGGAGGACAAGUCCAUGUCUGCACCUGAAUCUCCUCCGUCAGCUGCAGUAGCUAUCCAGCAAGCCUCUUAGAUUUACUAGCAUUCCAUCGAUUGCGGAGAUCUUGGCACGGGAGAAACCCAUCUGUUCAGAGUCAGCUGUCUUAUGUAAGAGCUUGUCUGAUAGAAAACAGGGCAAAUGUGUAAAAAGACGUUCCCCCCUCUCAAACUGGGCUCUACAUGGUAAUGGGUGAAAACUAUUAAACAAACUGUCCACACGUGAUAUGUUCUAGCUUCUCUAUAGCUCUUCUUGUAUAUAGUCUUAAACCUUUGUUGCAUGCAAUCCUAUCCUUCAGCUAUUAUUCUUCCUAAUAUACUGUACUACAAUAGAUAAUCAGAUCAAGUGUGAUUCAUAGAGUAAUUGAGAGAUUAAAGAAAUAUAGAUUAAGAAAUGCCCUUUUAAAAGAAAUUAUAAAUAAAUAAAUAAAUAAAUAAAUAAAUAAAUAAAUAAAUAAUAAUAAUAAUAAUAAUAAUAAUAAGUGAGAUCAGAUGCCUAUGCUGUAUAUUGUCUGACUUCCCCAAUCAUUGUUUACUGGUUUCAAAGCAAAAUAUAUUUUCAGCAUAACUGAUAAAAAAAAAUGAAAAUGUCUUUUAAUAAAGUGUUUAUCUGAGAUUGUGGAGUAAGUAGCACAUGUUUGUUUACCAAAAAUGAAUAAACACAGAUUAUACAUAUGAAAAUCAACACACAAACAAUUUGCUUGGUUCUGUUAAUUAGGUGAUAUUUUUCAGAAAAGCAAGCUAAAAAAAAAAUAACAUAAGAUGGGAAUUGGUUUUAAAAACUGAAAAUAAUAUUGAAUUGGAUUCCAGGAUAUGUUUCAUGAAACAGCAAGGCAGUUCAUUUGAGUGUCUUUGUGUUAUUUCAGUAGUCACAAUAAUGACUCCUGUAUUCAAAAACAUCAUUUAUAAGCAUCACAUAGACACGUGUCUGCCUUAAUAGACACAUAGCAGAUAAUUGGCAUAAAAUUAAGGCGAGUGAGUGAAGAGCAAUAAGAUAAACAGCAAGAAUCAUAAUCCAAGUGUAUCUUUGUGAAAUUUUACAGUAACACAGCUGUGAUUCAUUAUUUUAAAAAAUCUGAAAGGUAUCCAUUCUUUAUCUAAUGAUUCAUUAAAAUAAUACUGGUAGAAACAGA